AUGUAUGUGAGGGAGAGGUCACCGAGAGAAGAAACGUUUUCGAGGCGAAGAAGAAACCCGUCUUUCUCUUCUUCACUACUCGACUCCAUCUACCGCUCGAUUGAUGAAUCGAGCGGUGGAGAUGGAGAUCAGGGUUAUGUUCGAGAUUCGAGUACAAUGGUAAAGAAACAGAGCUGCUCUGCUAAAGGAGGCAAGGAGAAGGUUAAUCUACGAAGGGCUAUUAUGAUUGAGAAAUGGGUCGAGAAGCAGAAUGUUCACAGCUCCAUGUUCUCGAACUCCGCUUCGAGUUCCUCGGAGUCGAGCUCGGGAGCUGCAUUUUCGUCUUCCGAAACAGAUUCGAGCUGCAGAUCAAGAACAAAACCGAAGGCGGUCGAGGGGAGGUUCGUGCAGUUCGAGGAGAAGGAAAAGAGUGAGAGUGGCGGGGGAGGUGGGUUUUCAAAGACAAAGCUCCGAGCUUUGAAAAUCUAUGGAGAACUGAAGAAAGUGAAGCAACCCAUUUCGCCAGGCGGGCGUAUUGCGAGCUUCAUCAAUUCAAUUUUCAAUUCCGGGAACGUCAAAAAGGCAAAAAUGUGUCAUGUUGGAGCUGUGGAAGAUGUGAGCAUCACAGAGCAUGUGUCGAAUUCGAAAUCAUCUUGUUCUUCUUCUUCUGCGCCGGCUUCUACUUUCUCAAGGUCGUGCUUGAGCAAACCGUCUUCAAGAGCGAAAAAAUCGAGCAAUGGCACGAAAAGGACGGUUAGAUUUUACCCGACGAGUAUGGUUCUUGGUGAGGAUUCUCAGCUUUCAACCCACCACAAAUGUGUGUUUGAAGAAGACCCAAGCUUGAUGCCAAAACCCUCUUUUCAAAAAUAUGCAAGGUCUUGCCCUGGUAAUUAUGAUACGCUGAUCCAAUCGGGCGAGAGUCGAACGCAAGACCUCGUUACAUUCAAUUGUACCACAAAAUCAACGAGUUACAGGAAGACUUGCGCGGUUAGUCCAACAAGUUAUAGGACGACCGGCGCGGUUGGUCCAACUUUUGUGAGAAGUUUUUGUGACAAUGCAGAUGAUGAAGGAAGUGAUCAUGAUGCUGAGAGUUGUUCAAGUUCUGAUCUUUUUGAGCUGAAUCAUCCAGUUGGGGUUGGAAGGUACAUGGAAGAACUUCCAGUGUAUGAGACUACUAAUUUCAGAACCAAUCAAGCUAUUGCCCAAGGGUUCUUGUAA